CUACCAACUGAAACCUGUGUAUUCAUCUAUUUCUGUUCUAGUAAAAGAUCUCCAGCUGAUUAAGCCAUGUGAGCAAGAUGAUGCUGAGUCUCAGGGCCAGCUCCGCCAGUAUCUCCAACAUUUUGUGUUUAUAACUAGCCAUCUUCUCCAGACCAGCAUUGACAGUAGCUUUGCAGAGGCAGUGGAAGCAACGUGGGUUUUAUCUCUUGCUCUGAAGGGACUUUACAGAACACUUAAGACACAUGCUUUUGAAGAAAUACGCACAGCCUUUCUGCAAUCUGGUUUGCUUAAGCUGUUGGUGAAGAAGUGUAGCAAAGGGACAGGCUUCAGUAAGACUUGGCUUCUGAGAGACUUGGAGAUCUUGUCAGUCAUGCUUUAUUCUUCAAAAAAGGAGUUAAACUCGAUAGCUGAGCAGAAGGACAUAGAGUUCAAUGAGCGAGAUCAUGAGCAAGCAGUAAAUGAGUCUGUUGAUACUUCUGAUCCUGAGCAGAAUAGGCUUGACCCACUGGAGGGCUUGGAUGAAACCACCAAAAUAUGCUUCCUGAUGACACAUGAUGCUCUUGAUGCACCUCUACACAUCCUUCGAGCCAUGUAUGAACUUCAUAUGAAAAGGACAGAUUCUUUCUUCCUAGAGGUUCAGAAGAGAUUUGAUGGGGAAGUACUUACCAUGGAUGAAAGGAUUCGUACAUUGGCUCAAAAAUGGCAACCCAGUAAGCGUUUACGCACAGAAGAGCAGAAUUCCAAAGCCCUGGAUACAGAUAUGAUCAUUGUGCCAUGUUUGUCCAAGCCUGUUCCCUGCAACAAAGCCACUGAUGAAUCCAACCCAGUGACCCAGAAGCUCAUCACCAACACAGAAAGUGACCUCCAACUCAGCUACGCCAAACAACGACGCACCAAAAGCUCUGUCCUCCUGCAUAAAGAGUUGGACUCCAAAAGCAAGAAAACCGUGCGGGGUUAUCUCUACCGAGUCAAUGAAGCUACUGCUGUCCUGUAUGCCAGGCAUGUCCUCGCUUUGUUAUUGGCUGAGUGGCCUGACGACGUAGCAAUAAGUGAGGAGAUGUUAGAUCUCAGUGGCCCAGCACACAUGACAUAUAUCCUGGACAUGCUGUUGCAGCUAGAGGAAAAACAGCUGUGUGAAAAGAUUCUACUGAAAGUGCUCCGUGGAUGCAGUGGAACCAUGCUAGCAAAGAUGGCACUUACAGCCUGUCAGUUCAUGGAGGAGCCUGGGAUGGCAGUCCAAGUGCGCGAGUCCAAGCAUCCUUACAACAAUAAUACAAACUUUGAGGUACUAUGCUUAGUAGUCUUGAUGCCAGGUGAGCAAAAUGUCAGUCAUGUUUGCAUUGGCAGUUCCAAAUGAAAAAGACCACCUCGUAUUGUUCAAUUUUAUCAAAAAGGUGGCUAUGGUCAACCCAAUUAAAUGCCUUACUGUGUAGACUAUAGGUACAAGGCUACCAAAGAAGAAAUGGCGGACUGAAGACAGUUCCGCAAAAAGCAAAGCUGAUGACUGAAGUGAAAUGAAGAGCUGGCGAAUAGACUCGCUCUUUGAUAAUUCAUCUCCAGACAAGGGGAAGAUAUAAGGUCAUUCACAAGUGCUGCAGACUGUUGUUCCUCCCAAGGAGACUGUGAGAAAGAAAUCUCUGGCAGGUUUCGAGCUCUGGGAGAUGAGGGAAUGGCCAUUUUACUCAAACUCUGGUUGGCACCUUUGAAAGGACACUGGGGCUUGUAUGCUUCCUUUUCUAAACAUUUUCAGAAAUUAUUUAUUAAUUGCCUUUGGGCUAUUAGGAACUUUUGGAUUGACAAGUUUUACAGCACCAGAUGGGUUUCCUUUAACCCUUA